AUGUCGAAAGGAGGGCGCAAAAAAGAGAAGGAUCUGCGCAAACAGGCCCGAGAAAGGUCUGGCUCUAAGCAUUUUUUCCUACUGGCAUACCCGUCCGCCAACUCAACGAGCAGCGAAGGUGACCAUCUGCUACCAAUUUCUGACCUGACCUCGGCGGAACCUGUGUCCACAGCCGUCUUAGGAGAGCAGAAUCUCAAUGCCGGGCAGGACUGGGUCAAACUCGUGGAGGAAUGUUCCCUACCCAGUGUGCCUGCUUAUGUCAAGCUGAUUCUAAAUCUACUAUUGGACACGAAGGAGCAAAUGGAUGCGAUGAGGAAAUGGUGCGCUGCUUUCAUGGAAGAAAAUGAUAAACUCAAGGCGGAAAAUGAAAAGUUGAAAAAAAUCAUAGAGGAAAAAGAUUCUCAGAUUAGGUCAAAUUUGUCUAAGGCUCCUGUCUCUGAUCCCGCUUUGUCUGUUUCUGAGAGUGAUGUUGAAAAGAAA